CGCCGGUGGAGCGUCGGGACGCCGCUCGGACGCUCGUGCCUGCCGCCGACUGAGUGCGGGCCUGAAGUGGUGACGGUGACCGGCUGGUGACUGCGACGGCAUGCGGCUGCUGGUGAUGAGUUGGUGGAGCUGACCAGCAGCACACGGGAUCGCUGCAGGUGACGCGAGUGCGUGGAUGAGAGUGCAAUGGCGCCGCUGGUGGCGCUCCUGCUGGGACUCGCGGCGGCGACGGCCGCCGAGUCCGAGUGCAGCUGGGAGAGCAGUGUGGACGGCGGACAGAUCCGUGUUCUCUGCCGACCGAGGGCGAUCGACGCUGCCUUCACUGUCGGCGGGAAAAGUGCGACACUCCCCGAGUCCAGUGUCACCUCGCUGGUGACCCGGUGUCGCAGUGCGGACGUCGAGAGCUACCUGAGCAACGGCACGUUCUCUGGUCUGACUGGCCUGGCGGAGCUGACGGUGGAACGGUGCAGGAUCGCCACGCUGCCCGCGGUGCUAGACCAGCUGAGGCAGCUGCGCUCCCUCAGCCUGAGAACGUUCAACGACGACGUGCACAUGGUGGUGGAGGGCGGCGCCCUGGGUGAGCUGCAGGCGCUCCAGCACCUGGACCUCAGCCACAACAGGCUGUGGACACUGCCCGGCGCGCUGCUGUGUCCUCUGCAGAACCUGCGGAGCCUUAACCUGUCGCACAACCACAUCCAGGACGCCGAGGGUCUGGGCCUGCACGGUGCCGGUGACCCGAUCUCGCUGUCGGGUCCGCUCGAGUGUCGCCUGCCGGAGGUGACCUCACUUGACCUGAGCCACAACCGUGUGCCGACCGUGGGUACUGCCAUGCUCGAGCCCUUCCCGGCGCUGCUGCGUCUGUCGCUGCGCCAUAGCCGUGUGGAGCUGCUGGAGGACGGAGCGCUGGACAGCGUGCCCUCUCUCGGCCAGCUGGACCUGUCCGGCAACGAGCUGGUCAGCCUGCCGCACGACUUGUUCCUGAGGACGACCACCCUGUCCAAGAUCCGACUAGCCAACAACAGCUUGUCGGCACUGACGCCCGGCCUGUUCUCCGGCCUCAGCCAGCUGCAGCUGCUGGACCUCUCCGGAAACCAGCUCACCUCCACGUGGAUCAACUCUCAGACCUUUUCCGGGCUGGUGCGGCUCGUCGUGCUGGAUGUGUCGGCCAACAGGCUGAACCAGAUCGACCAGUCCAUGUUCUCAGACCUCUACAGCCUGCAGAUGCUGAAGCUCCAGGACAACCAAAUUGAUGCUAUAUCUGCAAACACGUUUGCCGCCCUCUCCAACCUCCAUACGUUGGCUCUGUCGCGCAACAAUUUGCACAGAAUCGAUACCCUAAGCUUGAAUGGUCUACACAUGUUAAGUUCCCUGUCGAUGGACGGCAACAUCAUUGACACUGUUCGCAAGGGAGCGUUCAAAAACACCACCAAUCUAAGGAACCUGAAACUGAACGAGAAUCGUCUGACCCGUGUUCCCGAGGCAUUUGAAGACCUUCACCUGCUAGAAACCUUAGAUCUCGGGAGUAAUUACGCAUCUAGCGUAGAAGAUAAGCGUUUCUUUGGCAUGAAUCAACUGCAGUCUCUCCACAUGCAGGGAAACAUGCUCACCAACGUAACGAGCAAAAUGCUGAGCAGCCUUCCGCAGCUGAAAGUCCUCAACCUAGCCAACAACCUGAUCAGCGCAGUGCAGUUUGAAGCGUUCGAAUCAAACGCAGCUCUCGAAGCCAUUCGGCUGGAUGGGAACCAGCUAACGAACAUCAGCGGCCUUUUCCGUGGUCUGUCACGUCUGCGUUGGCUGAACAUGAGCAACAAUCAAAUCGACACGUUCGACUACGGCAUGCUUCCAAAUGGCAUUCAAUGGCUGGAUCUGCAUCAGAACAAGAUUCGGCAGCUAGGAAACUAUGACGACGUUGCAAGUCAGAUGUCCAUCACGACCCUGGACGCCAGUUUCAACAGGCUGACGUCACUGAGCGGCAAGAGCCUGCCGAACAGUGUCGAGCUGCUGGUGCUCAACGAUAAUCUGAUCACGCACGUGGAGCAGUACACAUUCUUUCUCAUGACUAACCUGUCACGAGUCGACCUGUUUGCCAACCAAAUCACGAAGCUGGAGCUGAAUGCCUUGAGGUUGAACAUGCCGAACGGCACAAAUGUUAUGCCUGAAGUAUAUGUCGGUGGGAAUCCCUUCAUCUGUGACUGUGGCAUGGAGUGGUUGCAGCGGUAUGAUCAGAUCGAAAAUCUCUAUCAAUAUCCACGCAUCAUGGACUUGGAGAGUAUCUACUGUAGACUGACCUACAGUCGAGAACGUGCUUUCGUUCCUCUGGUAGACGCCGACACCUCAAUGUUUUUGUGUCCGUACCAAACCCAUUGCUUUACAACAUGCCACUGCUGCGAUUUUGAUGCUUGCGACUGUGAGAUGACGUGUCCAAACAAGUGUGACUGUUACCAUGACCAAUCGUGGUCCUCAAACAUCAUCGACUGCACGAACAACGGGUUUGAAGAGAUUCCAGACCGCCUGCCAAUGGAUGCUACCCAGGUGUACCUGGACGGGAACGUCUUCCGCAAUCUCUCCAGCUUGACGUUUCUGGGCCGCAAAAACAUGCAGGUGCUCUACCUGAACGGUUCCCACAUAGAGGUCAUUCACAACGAAACCUUUGCUGGUCUCCCAAGCCUUACCGUCCUUCACCUGGAGUCCAACGUUAUCACUGAACUCCACGGCCAGGAGUUCGUCGGUCUGAACCACCUCCGAGAGCUUCACCUGCAGGACAACCGGCUCCGUCAGGUGGCGGACGUCACGUUUGUGCCGCUGAUCCAGCUGGAAGUGCUGCGUCUGGACGGCAACCAGCUGGCCAUGUUCUCGGCAUGGGAGCUGCAGCGGAACCCCUACCUGGUCGAAAUCGGACUUGUCGGCAACCCCUGGAGCUGCGAGUGUAACUUUGUCAGCCAGCUCCGCGGCUGGCUGGCCACCAACGUCAGAAAGGUGGACGAUGUCAGCGCGCUGGUUUGCUUCUUCGGUGGAAGGGACAGCGGAGUGCCGGUGCACGCAGAAAACGGCACGUGCUACACGAGACAGACGGAGCCGACCGGCCGGACGAUGUCGGCGUCCGAGUACGCGGUGAUCGUGGUGAGCGCCCUGGCGAUGGUGACGCUGCUCGUCUGCCUGCUCGUCCUCGUGUCUGUGUACAGGACCGAGCUGCGCGUAUGGAUCCACUCGCGCUGCGGCGUGCGCGUCUGCUACCGCUCGGCGCUGGACGAGCCGCACGAGCGGCUGUUCGACGCCUUCGUCAGCUACAGCGACCGGGACCGGUCGUUCGUGCACCACGUGCUGGUGCCCAAGCUGGAGCGCAGCGAGCCGCCGUACCGGCUGGCGCUGCACGACCGCGACUUCCCGCACAGCGCCUACCUGGCCGACACGAUCGUCGAGGCGGUCGAGUCGAGCCGCCGGACAAUCAUGGUGCUCUCGAAAAACUUCGUGGAGAACGAGUGGUGCCGCUUCCAGUUCAAGUCGGCGCACCACGAGGUGCUCAAGGACCGCCAGAAGCGGUUGAUAGUGGUGAUGCUAGGAGACGUGACGCACCGGGAGCUGGACCCUGACUUGCGGCUUUGCCUGAAAGCCAACAUGUGCAUUAGUUGGGAGGACAAACGGUUCUGGGAGAAGCUCCGCUUCGCCCUGCCAGACGUGAAGAACAACCAUCGAGUGCUGAACUCGGUCUCCCACUACUCGGAGAUCGACGAGAGCGUGUGCUAUCGGCGCACCCCUGACACCAUGGAGAGCGUCUGGGGCUGAGACGCAGCCUCAGGGGUACGCACUCAGACGGUGUCCACCAGGCCGUGGCUGGCUGGCGGCCGCCUGCUCCGCCGGCCGCCUCUGGGCUCGACGAGGUGCGUCUGCAGCCGCGGCGCUGACUGCGCACCGCGUCGGAUCCGCCGGACUCCGUGGGACUCUGCGGGAUCAGUGGAUCAGCAGGGCUCCGCGGGGCUUUGCGGGAUCAGUGGAUCAGCAGGACUCUGUGGGAUCAGUGGAUCGGCGGGACUCCACCGGAUCAGCGGAUCAGAAGGACUCCACGGGGUCAGCGGAUCAGUGGGACUCUAACGGGUCAUUGGAUCCGCGGGACUCCAUCGGAUUAGUGGGUCAACAGGACUCCGCGGGAUCAGUGGAUCAGCAGGACUCCGCGCGGUCAGCGGAUUAGCGGGACUCAUCGGGAUCAGCGGAUCAGCAGGACUUCGCGGGAUUAGCAGAUCAGCUUGCCCCUGGCCCGCUCAGCUGGAGCAGCUGACCCCCAGUGCUGUGAUCGCUGAGCGGGACGCGCAGCAGACGACUGGCAAGGACGGGGCAGUCGCGCUGCGGGGUCGUGUUCAUCUCUCGCGCUUUAUCAUCGUGCUUCAUGCCUACAGUCACCUGUCUCCAGCAGAGCCGCUGGUGCGCUCCGUGUCGAGUAUAGUCCCACGCAUGUUUAUGUUGCUCUAGUCACCUGACCACAUCGGCGGCGAUGCUACUGUAUUCUGUGAUAAGCGGCGGAACGGCAA